CUUAAAAACUUCUUUAUUUUUUUAUUAUUUUAAAAUUUAGAUUAGCUUAAAUAUCGAAAAGAUAGAAACUUGUAUUUAUGAACAAAAUAUGUAAGGGGUCAUUAUAAUAGUUAUAGAUGUCAUGGUUACUUACUUCUAAAAUUGUCACGUAGGAAGUUACAGGCCUAAGGCAUAUAGCCCCGUUCUCCAAACAUAAGAUUACACAUAUAUAUAAAAUAUUUUUUUUAUAAGAAUUUAAAGACUAAUAAUAUUUUUUUAAUAAUAGUAAUAAUAAUAUUUAUUUAUUCAGACAACAUAAGGCCCAUUUUGUCAGUUAUAAAUUUACUUAACCUAUGUUAGUAAAUGAUCAGUCAUGACGCUCUUGCAAUAAUAAUACCUAAGAUUUUUAUAUUAAACCCACUUCCAUGGAUAUACCUAUAGAUAGUCUAAAAUUCUGAUAAAAAUAAAACUACAUACAUUUUGAAUAGUUCACCGCAGUGAUGAUAUUUAAACAAUAUAUUGUACUCUUGAAUAACAAUGGGUCUACCUUACUUUGUUAAGAUGUUUUAUAAAGGAUUUGCUUUCCGUUUAUCAUAAUAUUAAGUCAAAGCCAACCAUUACUGUCUGUAUUGCCAAGCUCGAAGAUAUGUUCUGUUACAAAAUGUGGAAAUGUUAUCUUCUUAUGUUGCUCUACCUAUUCUCUACGGCAAUGACAAAGAAAGAACUUAUCAGGGAUAAUUUGGAAGAUAUUUCACUAGAGGAGUCAGAUGCGCGUGUUCAUUACAAAAAGAAUAUGCCAACUACCAUUUCACGUUCAGCUAAAAGUGAUGCUAUUGUUGAAAAAUUUGUCGAAACCCUUAUCUCCAGUGAAAGGUAUUUAAAAAUGGUGGAGAUAAUAGAACGGAAGCUGACCCUUUUGGACGCAACAUUUCACGAAAGGACGAACAGUAUUUUAAAGUACUUGACUGAGAUUCUGAAGUUAGGAAAACCUUCUCAGGCCGACGCGUUGGAGAACACACUUGUGACAGUCAGAAAUGAUCUGGAUAAGGUGAAGCAGUUCUUAGCAGAGCAUUUGGAGAAACUACAUAUAAUAGUGGACGGAUCUGAAUUCCAUGGAAAUACAGCGAUAGACUUGAGACUGUCUGUUUUGGAAAACAACAUAAAGAAAAUAGUUACCGGCGUUGAGUCUGUCGUAUCUACCAUAUCGCAGGUGAAAAACAGACAAACCUCUAGAACAUGUUCGAGAUCAGAGUCUGGUGGAGUAAUUGACACAAUUAGUUUAAUAAAUGAAUUCAGAAGAACUUUACACGAACAGAAAAUGAAAAAAUGCGAGUGCAAAAGUGGUCGCGUGGAUCGAUCAGAACGGUACCCGACAGACUGCCACGAGAUACAUAUGCAAGGGUUCAACGUUUCUGGUAUUUAUAAAGUAAAACCGGACGAUAUGGAGCCGUUCUACGUGUUGUGCGACCUUACCACUGCAGGAGGAGGAUGGACAGUUUUCCAAAACCGCUUCGACGGUUCACAAGAUUUCUUCAAAGGCUGGACAGACUAUAAACACGGUUUCGGCAAUCUGGCUGGCGAAUUUUGGCUCGGCCUAGAGAAAAUUAACUAUCUCACCAACCAAAAGCUGUACGAACUAAGGAUCGAGAUGGAGACCCAACAUGGUCAGGACGCUUACGCUGGCUACUCCGUGUUUACUGUCGGGCCCGAACAUGAAGCCUACAGGAUUAGCACGCUUGGAUCUUAUUAUGGAACUGCAGGAGAUUCACUCUCAUAUCACGCUGGACAAAAGUUUUCUACCUUGGAUAUAGAUAAUGACGAAUGGAAAGAUGGGUCAUGUGCUAUGGAGCACGGUGGAGCUUGGUGGUACAAGGAGUGCGACAAAAGUAAUCUUAACGGAAAGUAUUCGAUGUCUGCGGAUGAACAUCGCGGCCAAUCUGUGUACUGGAUAUCAUUCAAGGAUCCAAACUCGCCACUUACUAAAUCUAAGAUGAUGAUCAGACCUCUGCCCACUAGUAAACCUAUCAAUUUUAAUGAAAGCAACAGGGUAAUGUAAAAUAUUUUUAUUAAAAUAUUGUAAUUAAGCUAAGAUUGAAAAUGAUCCACGUUAGGUACAACAUACAAAAUAAUCUGUUAUUCAUGUUUCCUUACUUAGUAGUUAUGUGCAUCUACAUCAAUUCUACAUUAUCAAAUAAGAAUGUCCC